AUGCCCUUCGACGGCGAGUAUAGCCGGCGGCACCUCCAGAAUUCCGAUCUCCCUACCGCUCGCAUGCGCCUCUUCGACGAUCUACUCUCUAACGGUUAUUAUACAACGCGGCUGUUUAUUGGGACACCUCCGCAAGAAUUUGCUCUUAUUGUGGAUACAGGCAGUACUGUGACAUAUGUUCCGUGCUCUGGCUGUGAAAAAUGCGGCAAGCAUCAGGAUCCGAGGUUUCAACCGGAAUUGUCUAGUACUUAUCAACCUGUAAAAUGCAACCCAAGUUGUAAUUGUGAUGAUGCGGCAAAGCAGUGUACUUACGAGAGAAGGUAUGCAGAGAUGAGCUCGAGCAGUGGUGUGAUUGCUGAGGAUGUUAUUUCUUUUGGAAAUGAAAGUGAGCUUAAACCGCAGCGUGCUGCUUUCGGUUGUGAAAAUGUGGAAACCGGUGAUCUUUACAGCCAACGUGCUGAUGGGAUAAUGGGUUUGGGUCGUGGUCGGCUCAGUAUUUUCGAUCAACUUGUUGGCAAGGAUGUUAUUAGUGAUUCGUUUUCGUUGUGUUAUGGUGGGAUGGACGUGGGUGGGGGUGCGAUGGUGCUUGGUGCGAUUUCUCCUCCCCAUGGCAUGGUUUUUUCCCAUUCUGACCCUUAUCGCAGUCCAUAUUACAAUAUUGAGCUGAAGGAACUACAAGUAGCUGGGAAGCCAUUGAAAUUAAAACCAAAAGUCUUUGAUGGAAAGCAUGGAACAGUUUUGGACAGUGGAACUACUUAUGCUUACUUUCCAGAAGCAGCUUUUCAUGCCUUAAAAGAUGCUAUUACGAAGGAAAUCCAUCAUCUCAAGCAGAUCCCAGGCCCUGAUCCAAAUUACCAUGAUAUUUGCUUUUCUGGUGCUGGAAGGGAAGUCUCCCAUCUGUCAAAAAUUUUUCCAGAAGUCAACAUGGUGUUUGGCAAUGAUCAAAAGUUGUCACUGUCUCCAGAGAAUUAUCUCUUUCGGAAUGGAAAUGAUCCAACUACUCUUUUAGGAGGAAUUGUUGUCCGUAACACACUAGUGACUUACGAUCGAGAGAAUGAUAAGAUUGGCUUCUGGAAAACUAAUUGUUCUGAACUAUGGAAGAGGUUGCAAGUUCCCAGUGUGCCUGCUUCAGCACCUGUAUUUUCCCCUAGCGGUAAUAGAAGUCAAGAAAUGCCUCCUGUGCAAGCUCCAAGCAGAAUGCCACAUUUCCAUCCAGGUGAAAUUCGAAUUGGUAUUAUAUCGUUUGAUAUGUUGAUUAGUGUCAACAACUCACACACAAAGCCCAACUUUACCGAAGUGGCAGAGUUCAUUGCCCAUGAGUUGGAAGUCGAUAAUUUACAGGUUCACAUGUUGAAUUUCACCUCGAAAGGAAAUAAUUAUCUUGUUAAAUGGGCCAUCCUUCCUGCUGACUCUGCUGAUUACAUUUCCAAUACCACAGCAAUGAAAAUAAUACUACAGUUAAGUGAGCAUCGAUUGCACUUUCCUGAGAGAUUUGGAAGCUAUAAGUUGGUCGAAUGGAAGAUUGAGCCCCAAAAGAAGAGGACAUGGUGGCAGCAACAUUUUCUGGUAGUAGCUGCUGGAGUUGUUGUAACCCUGGUCAUUAGUUUGUUAAGUGUUGGUCUAUGGUUGGUCUGGAGACGUAGACAGCAAAAAGCAGUUGGAAUGUAUGAACCUGUUGGCGCCGUUGUUCCGGAGCAAGAACUUCAGCCUUUGUGA